CUCAGAAACGCCUCACGUCUAGAUGGAGUCGAUGGCGCCUCACACGCUGCUCCUGCAGCUGGUGGUCACCCUGGCCCUGACCGAGACCCGCCCGGGCUCGCACUCGCUGCGGUAUUUCUUCACCAUCGUGUCCCGGCCCGACCUCGGGGAGCCCCGGUUCAUCUUUGUCGGCUACGUGGACGACACGCAGUUCGUGCGCUACGACAGCGACGCGAAGACUCCGAGGAUGGAGCCGCGGGCGCCGUGGGUGGAGGAGGAGGGGCCGGAGUAUUGGGAGAGGGAGACACAGAUCGCCAAGGACACCGAGCAGAUUUACCGAGUGAACCUGAGGACCCUGCUGGGCUACUACAACCAGAGCGAGGGCGGCUCUCACACCAUCCAAGUGAUGUACGGCUGUGAGGUGGGGUCGGAUGGGGGCCUCAACCGCGUAUAUUAUCAGCAAGCCUACGACGGCCUCGAUUACAUCGCCCUGAACGAGGACCUGAAGACGUGGAUGGCGGCAGACAGGGCGGCGCAGAUCACCCUGCGCAAGUGGGAGCAGGCUGGGGAGGCAGAGAUACACAAGGCCUACCUGGAGGGCCCAUGCGUGCAGUACCUGCACAGAUACCUGGAGAACGGAAAGGACGCGCUGCUGCGCACAGAUCCCCCAAAGGCACAUGUGACCCAUCAUCCUGGACCUAAAGGUGAUGUCACCCUGAGGUGCUGGGCCCUGGGCUUCUAUCCUGCCUUUAUCGACCUGACCUGGCAGAAGGAGGAGGAGGAACAGGCACAGGACAUGGAGCUGGUGGAGACCAGACCUUCUGGGGAUGGAACCUUCCAGAAGUGGGCAUCUCUGGUGGUGCCUUCUGGGGAGGAGCACAAAUACACAUGCCAUGUGCACCAUGAGGGGCUGCCUGAGCCCCUGACCCUGAGAUGGGAGCCUCCUCAGUCCACAGUCCCCAUCAUGGCAGUCAUUGCUGGUCUGGUUCUCCUUGGAGCUGUGAUCAUUGGAGCUGUGGUGGCUGUUGUGAGGAAGAGGAGGAGAAGCACAGGUGGGAAAGGAGGAAACUAUGCUCCAGCUCCAGCGUGAAGACAGCCACCUGGUAUGGAUGGAGUGACAGACGACAUGUUCAAGUGUCUCCUGUGACAUCCAGAGCCUGUUGCAGGAACAUAUCUUUGUCCUGGAAUAACUCUGCGACCAGGCUGUCCUUGAACUCUCAGAGAGAGAGAGAGAGAGAGAGAGAGAGAGAGAGAGAGAGAGAGAG